AUGGCGACGGAGAAGAAAGUCUUCCUUAUAGGACCGGGCCUGAUCGGCACCGACCUGCUAGAGCUGCUCGUUGAGGCCGGCUAUGAAGUCACCACCAUGGUCCGAAGGGAGGCACACGCUGCACAAGUCAAAGACCUCGGCGCCAGGGAAGUGGUCAUGGGCUCUCUGGACGACAAGGACAUCAUCCGCAAAUACACGGCGGCGAGUCCGAUUGUCAUCCACACCGCCACAGCCGAUCAUCUGCCUUCCGUCGAGGCGGUGCUGGAAGGCGUGCGCCAACGUGCCGAGCAAGGGCUGGAGACAGUCUUCCUCCACACCAGCGGGACGAGCGAGCUGGUCGACAACUCCAAGGGCAUGUACAAAUCCGACAAGGUCUAUUCGGACGAACGGCCCGAGGAAGUCGACCAAGUGCCGGACACGGCGCCGCACCGCGAGAUCGACCUCGCCAUCCUGGCGGCGCGGCGGGACCUAGGCACCAAGGCCAAGAUCAGCAUCGUGCUACCCUGCCUCGUGUACGGCAUCGGCAAGUGCUCGGGGAGGGUGUCUAUGCAACUCCCGACCAUGGUGCGGUUCGCGCUGAAGCACGGCUGGGCCCCCGUCAUCGGCAAGGGCCUCUCGGUGCGCAGCAACAUCCACGUCCAGGACCUGGUGCGCGGGUACAUGGUCAUCCUGGACUGGAUGCAGCGCAGCAGCGCCGACGAAGUCCUCAAAAACCCUUACUUCUUCUGCAGCACCGGCGAGGACAUGGCGUGGGGGGAUGCCGCGGCGGAGAUUGGCAGGCUGUUGCACGCGGCGGGCAGGAUCAAAGACCCCACCCCGCGACCUGUCCCGCCCGAGCUCUACGGUGACUUGUUCGGCGUGUACAGUCCGACCACCGUGGGAGCGAAUUCCAGGAGUCGUGCCGAUCGGCUGCGAAAGAUGGGCUGGAGUCCAAGGGAAAAGGGUGUCUUGGAAUCAUUGCGCGAGGACGAGGUGCCGAUCCUGCUUAAGGAGACGGGUGAGUGGAAUGGGUACACGGGCCUGGCGUCUUCGGGUACGCAUGUGCUGAAGAGCUUGGAGUAG